GAGGUCGGAUCCGUGCCCGAGGUCGGCGACCGCGCGCCCCGGUCGUCCGACGGCCGCAUCGCCUUCCCGAGCGCUAAGCUCGUGCUGCUCGUCUUUCUCCGGCACUGCGGCUGUCCGUUCGCCGAGAAAACAUUCCGGUCCCUCACAAAGUUCUCCACCAAGCAUCCCGAGAUCCAGUGCAUUGCCGUGUCGCAGGGCUCGCCGGCCGAGACGGACAAGUGGAUCGCCGAGACGGGCGGCGAGUGGAACGUCGAGGUGAUCCCCGACGAGCGGCGCGAGCUGUUUGCGCAGUGGGGCCUGGGCUUGACGUCGACUUGGCACGCCAUGAACCCAUGGGUAUGGUACCAAACCUACCGCCUCGGUAAGGGCGAGGGCAUCUGGGGUAGCUCCGGCGCGAGCCUUGGCAGCGCCGUGUCGGGGCCCCCGCGCGAGGCCGGCACCAUGUGGCAGAUGAGUGGCGCGUUCGCCGUCGAGGCAAACGGGUCCGUCGCCUGGUCGCACGUCGCGCGCGCCGCCAGUGACGUGCCCGACUUCGCCGAGGCGCUCAAGACACUC